GUACACCACCACGUAAUAAUAAUAUAAUAAUCCUUAUUUUAUGGUACUGUAAAUACAUCGAAUCUGUUAAUAACAAGAUAACACACAACCAAAAAGCGUGUAUGUUUACAAUAUUCAGUUCUCCCAACAUUUAUAUGUUCACCACGUUUGUAAGUGGAUAAUAGCCAUAUAAACAUAAUGUACAGGUAUUCAUAAAGGUAUACGAUAUAGUCAUACAGGUUUAUCGGCACAGGUGUAUGUGUUUGUUAGUAUGUGAUUUAUAAAUCUUUUGCGGUGUGUCGUAGAGGAACUGCUCUACGAGAUAAUAUAGUCAAAAAUAACGAAGAAAGAUCUUUUUCCUCCUAAAAUGAUAUAUUAUUAUUUGAAAUUAAAAUGAAUACUUUUGAUUUGACCAAGCUUAACUAUUAAUUAUUUUACCUACAGCUAUGGUUAUUGUGACUAGAGGGGAUUAUAUUUGGAUUGAACCAAUAUCUGGUAGAGAAUUUGAUGUUGCAAUUGGUGCCAAAGUAAUUUCAGCCGAAGGAAAAAGAAUUCAAGUAAAAGAUGAUGAUGGGAGGGAAUUGUGGCUCACUCCUGAGAGGAGGAUUAAAGCUAUGCAUCCUACCUCAAUUCAUGGGGUGGAAGACAUGAUAUCAUUGGGUGACUUACAUGAAGCAGGUAUCCUUAGAAAUCUACUCAUUCGUUAUAAUGAAAAUCUAAUUUAUACUUAUACUGGAUCAAUUUUAGUAGCUGUUAAUCCAUAUCAAAUUUUACCUAUUUAUACUGCUGAACAGGUAAAGUUGUACAAAGAUAGAAAAAUUGGUGAGCUUCCACCUCACAUUUUUGCUAUUGGUGAUAAUAGUUAUACACAUAUGAAAAGAUUUGGUCAAGACCAAUGUAUAGUUAUCAGUGGUGAAAGUGGUGCUGGUAAAACUGAAAGUACUAAAUUAAUCUUACAAUAUUUAGCUGCUAUUAGUGGCAAACAUUCUUGGAUUGAACAACAAAUAUUAGAAGCGAAUCCAAUUCUUGAAGCGUUUGGUAAUGCUAAAACAAUAAGAAAUGAUAAUUCAUCUAGAUUUGGAAAAUAUAUUGAUAUUCAUUUUAAUCAUUCUGGUGUUAUUGAAGGAGCAAAAAUUGAACAAUAUCUUCUUGAAAAAUCUCGAAUUGUUUCCCAAUCACAAGAUGAACGGAACUACCAUAUAUUUUAUUGUUUACUAGCUGGUUUAUCUUCUGAAGAUAAAGAUAGAUUGGAACUUUCUGAUGCAUCACACUAUAAAUACCUUACUGGGGGUGGUAGUAUUACUUGCGAAGGCCGUGAUGACGCAGCUGAAUUUUCAGAUAUAAGAUCAGCAAUGAAAGUAUUAUUAUUUUCUGAUCAAGAAAUUUGGGAAAUUUUAAAACUUCUAGCUGCGUUGCUUCAUAUUGGAAAUAUAAAAUAUAAAGCAGCAAUAAUUGACAAUUUAGAUGCUACUGAAAUUCCUGAUCGUACAACUGUCACUAGAGUUGCCAAUUUAGUAGGAGUUCCUGUUCAAUCUUUAAUUGAUGCUUUGACUAGAAAGACUAUUUUCGCUCAUGGUGAAACUGUGAUUUCAACUCUUUCUAGGGAACAAUCUGUUGAUGUGAGGGAUGCAUUUGUUAAAGGAAUUUAUGGGCGAUUAUUUGUUCAUAUUGUUAGUAAAAUUAACAAUGCUAUAUAUAAACCUAAAAGUUCUAAAAGGAGUGCAAUAGGAGUUCUAGAUAUAUUUGGUUUUGAAAAUUUUAAAAAUAAUAGUUUUGAGCAAUUUUGUAUAAAUUUUGCAAAUGAAAAUCUUCAACAAUUUUUUGUCCAACAUAUAUUUAAAUUAGAACAACAAGAAUACAAUCAUGAACACAUAAGUUGGCAACAUAUUGAAUUUGUUGAUAACCAAGAUGCUUUAGAUCUUAUUGCCACCAAACAGCUGAAUAUAAUGGCUCUUAUUGACGAAGAAUCUAAAUUUCCAAAGGGUACUGAUCAAACUAUGUUGGCAAAAAUGCAUAAAACACAUGGUAAUCAUAGAAACUAUUUAAAACCCAAAUCUGAUAUGAAUGCGUCUUUUGGAUUAAAUCAUUUUGCUGGUGUUGUAUUUUAUGAUACUAAAGGUUUUCUUGAAAAAAAUCGAGAUACAUUUAGUGCUGAUCUUUUGCAACUUAUACAUAUUUCAUCCAACAAAUUUUUAAAAGUAUUAUUUGCUGAAGAUAUUGCUAUGGGAUCUGAGACAAGGAAAAGAGCUCCAACUUUGUCCACACAAUUCAAAAAAUCAUUAGAUUUAUUAAUGAAAACUCUUAGUACUUGUCAACCAUUUUUUAUUCGUUGUAUAAAGCCAAAUGAAUUAAAAAAGCCAAUGGUUUUUGAUAGAGGAUUGUGCUGUCGGCAACUUAGGUAUUCUGGUAUGAUGGAAACAAUUCGAAUUAGGCGUGCAGGUUAUCCAAUUAGACAUGGCUUUAGAGAAUUUAUUGAACGUUAUCGGUUUUUAAUACCUGGAAUACCUCCUGCUCAUAAGACUGAUUGUAAAAAAAUGACUGCACAUAUUUGUCAAGCUGUUUUAGGACAAUCUGAUUAUCAGCUAGGAAAUUCUAAAAUUUUUCUAAAAGAUGCUCAUGAUUUAUUCUUAGAGCAAGAGCGAGAUCGGGUAUUAACUAAAAAAAUAAUAAUAAUUCAAAAAUCUAUUAAAGGAUGGGUUUAUAGGCGAAGAUUCUUACAAAUGCGGUCUGCUGCUGUAUUGGUUCAAAAAUACUGGAGAGGAUAUUCACAGAAAAAAAAAUACCGCCAAAUGCUUGUGGGGUAUUUAAGAUUACAAGCAGUUAUUAGAUCACGUGUUUUAUCUCAUAGAUUUAAACAUUUACGUGGACAUAUAGUUGGAUUACAAGCACAAUCUCGUGGAUAUCUAGUCAGGAGAAUGGUUACCAAAAAAAUGUGGGCCAUAGUUAAAAUUCAAGCUCAUGUCAGAAGAAUUAUUGCUCAAAAACGUUUCAAUAAAAUUAAAUUUGAAUAUAGAACACAAAUAGAAGCCUUAAAAUUGAAAAAUAAAGAAGAAAGAGAACUUAAAGAAGCUGGAAAUAAAAGAGCUAAAGAAAUUGCUGAAAAAAAUUACAGGAAUCGAAUGGAGGAAUUGGAAAGAAAAGAACAUGAAAUUGAAGAAGAGGAAAAAAGGCAAAUGGAAUUUAAGAAAAAUUUAAUUAGUAAUGCAGCCAGGAAACAAGAUGAACCAGUUGAUGACAGUAAACUGGUUGAAGCAAUGUUUGAUUUCUUACCAGAUUCAAGUAGUGAGCCUCUAAUGCCUACUAGAGGAACAUCUGUUUUCAUGGAUCUUCCUACAUCAAGAUCUGAUGAUCAACAAGAUGUUAUUAGUGAUAUACAACCAAUUCUUGAAGAUGAAGAAGAUUUGUCUGAAUUUAAAUUCCAAAAGUUUGCCGCAACUUAUUUCCAAGGAAAUAUAAAUCAUCAAUGUUCUAGGAAACCCUUAAAACAUUCUUUAUUGCCACUUCAUACUCAAGGAGAUCAAUUGGCUGCUCAAGCUCUUUGGCUAACAAUAUUAAGAUUCUGUGGUGAUUUGUCCGAACCACGUUAUCAUACUAUGGAAAGAGAUACAACCUCUGUUAUGUCUAAAGUAACUGCAACAUUAGGACGAAAUUUUAUUCGUAGCAAAGAAUUUCAUGAAGCUCAAAUGAUUGGUAUGGAUCCGGAGAGUUUUUUAAAAUCUAAACCACGUUCUAUACGUCAUAAAUUAGUUUCAUUAACAUUAAAGCGAAAAAACAAGUUAGGUGAAGAUGUUCGAAAAAGAUUACAAGAUGAUGAAUAUGCUGCAGAUAGUUAUCAAUCUUGGUUAGAUACACGUCCAACAUCAAAUUUAGAAAAAUUACAUUUUAUUAUUGGUCACGGCAUUUUAAGAGCUGAAUUAAGAGAUGAAAUUUACUGUCAAAUCUGUAAGCAGCUAUCUGCAAAUCCAUCAAAAUCUUCUCAUGCUAGAGGAUGGAUUUUACUUUCACUUUGUGUAGGAUGUUUUGCUCCUUCAGAAAAAUUUGUUAACUAUCUCAGAGCAUUUAUAAGAGAAGGCCCACCUGGUUAUGCUCCUUAUUGUGAAGAUCGUUUAAAGAGAACAUUCAAUAAUGGAACCAGAAAUCAACCUCCAAGCUGGUUAGAAUUACAAGCAACAAAAUCAAAAAAACCAAUUAUGCUACCUAUUACAUUUAUGGAUGGAAAUACAAAAACUUUGUUAGCUGAUUCUGCUACUACAGCUAGAGAACUUUGUAAUCAGCUAUCGGACAAAAUAGGAUUACGAGAUCAAUUUGGGUUUUCUUUAUAUAUUGCAUUAUUUGAUAAGGUAUCUUCUUUGGGAAGUGGUGGUGAUCAUGUAAUGGAUGCUAUAUCUCAAUGUGAGCAAUAUGCUAAAGAACAAGGUGCCCAAGAACGCAAUGCUCCAUGGAGACUGUUUUUUAGAAAAGAAAUUUUUGCACCCUGGCAUGAACCAACUGAAGAUCAAGUUGCCACAAACCUUAUAUAUCAACAAGUUGUAAGAGGUGUGAAAUUUGGUGAAUAUCGAUGUGAUAAGGAAGAAGAUUUAGCUAUGAUUGCUGCUCAACAGUAUUACAUUGAACACAACACUGACCUCAAUACUGAGAGGUUACUAAACUUGUUGCCAAAUUAUAUACCUGAUUAUUGUUUAACAAAUGCUGAGAAGUCUAUAGAACGUUGGAAUACAUUAAUUAUUCAAGCAUAUAAAAAGAGUUAUUAUUUGAAAGAAAAUGUUGCUCAAUUAAGAGUUAAAGAAGAUGUUGUAAGUUAUGCAAAAUUUAAAUGGCCUCUGCUUUUCUCCAGAUUUUAUGAAGCAUAUAGAAAUUCAGGGCCAAAUCUACCUAAAAAUGAUGUCAUAAUUGCUGUAAAUUGGACUGGAGUUUAUGUUGUUGAUGAUCAAGAGCAAGUAUUGUUAGAAUUAUCUUUUCCAGAGAUAACCACGGUUUCAAGUCAAAAGACAACAAAAGUUUUUACUCAAACUUUUACGUUAUCAACUGUUCGUGGUGAAGAAUUUACAUUUCAAAGUCCUAAUGCAGAGGAUAUUAGAGAUUUAGUUGUUUACUUUUUAGAAGGAUUAAAAAAACGUUCUACAUUUGUGAUUGGUGUUCAAGACUAUAAAGCACCUGGAGAGGGGUCUUCAUUUUUAAAUUUUCAAAAGGGAGAUUUAAUAAUAUUAGAAGAAGAAAGUACUGGUGAAACUGUAAUGACAUCAGGCUGGUGUGUUGGUUAUUGUGAUAGAACAGGGGAAAGAGGUGAUUUUCCGGCUGAAACAGUUUAUGUAUUACCUACUUUAUCUAAACCACCUUCAGAUAUUUUAGCAUUAUUUAGUUUAGAAGCUGCAGAUCAGAGUCGCAAAUUAUAUUCUCAGCAAAUUAAUGGUACAGAGCCUAGAGAGAAACCUCAUAGUUUAAUAGAAUAUGCUAUUGAUCAUUUUCGGGCACCUCCAAAGCGUACUGUUUCAAAAGCAUUGACAUUAAGUUCUGCGAGACGUGGUAAUAAUGAUGAUUUAUGGCGUCACACUAGAGAACCAAUGAAACAGCCAUUAUUAAGAAAACUAGCUGGUAAGGAAGAAUUAGCAGAAGAAGCUUGUUUUGCAUUUGCAGCCAUGUUAAAAUACACUGGUGACUUACCAUCUAAAAGAAGAAUGCCAAAUGAAUACACUGAUCAAAUAUUUGAUGGUCCUUUAAAACAUGAAAUAUUAAGGGAUGAAAUUUAUUGUCAAUUAAUGAGACAGUUAACAGACAACCGAAAUAGAUUAAGUGAAGAAAGAGCUUGGGAAUUAAUGUGGUUGGCAACUGGUUUAUUUGCUUGUAGUCAAAACUUACUAAAAGAGCUCAAUUUGUUUUUACGUACUAGAAGACAUCCAAUAUCACAGGAUUCUUUGCAGCGUUUGCAAAAAACUAUACGCAAUGGUCAAAGAAAAUACCCACCUCAUCAAGUAGAAGUUGAAGCUAUUCAACAUAAGACUACUCAAAUAUUUCAUAAAGUUUUCUUCCCUGAUGACACAGAUGAAGCAUUUGAGGUAGAUUCAUCUACAAGAGCAAAGGAUUUUUGUACUAGUAUUUCACAAAGAUUAACUUUACGAUCGAGUGAAGGUUUUAGUUUGUUUGUAAAAAUUGCUGAUAAAGUAAUAUCAGUUCCAGAAGGUGACUUUUUCUUUGAUUUUGUUCGACAUCUUACAGAUUGGAUUAAAAAAGCAAGACCAACUCGUGAUGGAGCAGUGCCACAAUUUACUUACCAAGUUUUCUUUAUGAAAAAAUUGUGGACCAACACAGUACCCGGAAAAGAUAGAAAUGCUGAUUUAAUAUUUCAUUUUCAUCAAGAACUUCCUAAACUUUUACGAGGAUACCAUAAAUGUUCAAAAGAAGAAGCAGCAAGGUUAGCUGCUUUGGUAUAUAGAGUCAGAUUUGGUGAAAGUAAACAAGAACUUCAAGCUAUACCGCAAAUGUUGCGGGAACUAAUACCUGGAGACUUGUAUAAAACACAAAAUCCAGCUGAUUGGAAAAAAUUAAUUGUUUUAGCAUAUAAUCAGGACUUGGGCAUGACUCCAGAAGAAGCAAAAAUAACAUUUCUCAAAAUUAUUUAUCGGUGGCCUACUUUUGGUUCAGCAUUUUUUGAAGUUAAACAGACUACUGAACCUAAUUAUCCUGAAUUGUUAUUAAUAGCAAUCAACAAGCAUGGUAUCAGUCUUAUUCAUCCACAAACUAAAGAAAUUUUAGUAACUCAUCAAUUUACUAGAAUAUCUAACUGGUCAUCUGGAAAUACAUAUUUUCAUAUGACUAUUGGAAAUUUGGUCCGUGGGUCUAAGUUACUAUGUGAAACAUCACUUGGUUACAAAAUGGAUGAUCUGCUAACAUCAUACAUAUCAUUGAUGCUAUCCAAUAUGAACAAACAGCGAACAAUUAAAUGAACAAAUUCAACCAAAGUAUUUUACUGAUUUUUUUUAAACUAUUUUUGUUAUUAUCAUUGUAUUCUUUUAGUCACUUAUUCAUCACAUAACUUAAGUGUUAAAACUGUAUAAAAGUAUUAUUUGAAUAGUUUUAAGAGUAUUUUAAUAGUUAAUAUGUGCCUAUGGUUGUUAAAAUGUAAUAUGUUACUUAAUAGAUGUUUUAUAGAUUUUUUAAUUAAUGCAUCACCAUUUAGGAAUUCCGUCCAACAUUUUAUGCAGUUAACAAUCUUAUAUUUUAAUUAUAAUUAUAUCUACACUUUUUAUCAAAUGUCAUAUUUAAUUAGAACUAACUUAGAGUUUGAUAACUUUGUUCAAAUUAUUUUUCAUUUUAGUGCAAUUAAUCUUAUUAAUGAAAUUAUUUAUUUUAUUUAUUUUUGUGGGAAGUAUUUAAAUUGAAGGGAUUUUUAUUGAAUUUAUACUUUAUGAAAA